AUGUCGGCGACCGCGAGACUUACGGAGCGAAAUACAUCGCAGCUUACGAUAUAUCAAUACAUGGAUAAGAUCCUCGACAUCAUGUUAUUUCGCAGGAGAAAGGAUCGAGCAGCAACGAAGCCCUCCACCAAUUUCAGCGUCUUCCACGACAACCUCAUCGCACGGCUCAAGGCUCUAUCCCAGAUCCAACUCGACUUCGAAAAGCGCGUCAAAGAUGCAGAAGGGAAAUUUACUGAGAAGCUUGGUGAGAUGCGGAAGCAGCUUGAUGUGCGGUGGAACCAGAUCGAUAAGUUCGAGUCGAGCGUAAAGGUGUAUGGUGAGGCAAAGGCUACCUGGAGACUGCGAAGGAAGGGGAGAUUAAGGGAAUUAACCUCGCAACUAGUGACAUCCCGACGACCAACCCAAGGCGACUCCCAAGAAACAAAGAUGCUCCUUUCCCGCGCCGUAAAUGCUGAGAAACGCCUAGUGACGACCCCGGCUGAUCAGAAAUGGGAGACGAGGGUGAAGGAGUAUGAGACAAGGUUGAAAGCAGGGGAGGAGAAGUAUAAGAGGGAGAGGCAAGGGGCGAAGGAGAGGGUGUUGGAGUUGGAAAAUCAGAUGAGGAGUCUAGAACGCCAGAACGAACUCGCUCAAAAACGGAGUGCGCAACUGGACAAUGUGGCAGAGGCGGAUAAAGGUCCCUCACGGCCACGGUGA